CCUCUCCCUCUCGUCGGUGAGUUUCUUGCGAGGUCGGCUUCCAUGGUUCCGUCGCUGGCUCCCCCCGUUACCCCGCCGCGCAAAUCUUGGUAGGGCUUCGAAUUCUCCAUGUUUCCGGCUCCUGAUUUUAGCGAAUUCAUGUGGGUUUCGAUCGGAUCGGAGUGGGAGAGUCAGCCGUCGAGAUUGUGGGGUUAGGGUUCGGUGUGGGUCCUCAAAUGUUUCCGCGUUUGGGCGAUCGGGACGAUGCAGCUGGCCCCGGCGGAUCGGAGAUCGACUUACCUAGCCGCUCUCACGCAGGAGAUCGAGAGAAAGCUCCAGAAGGCGUUGAUUUCACCAGGGCAGAGACCUGAGUUGCUUCAAAAAUUAUUUGCUGAUGCGGCUUUGGAGAUCGAGGAUCGAGCUCGAGACAUGAUCCUCAAGAAGGAUGAAGAUGAAAUUGCUUCUGCAGAUGAUGUAACUGAGACCCUGUGUUUCUAUGAGGUACUUGCUGAUUAUUAUGUUGAAGCACCCGGAAGUGGAAAGAACAUUCUUGAUUUGAUUGUCCAACUUUGGAGCCAGUCUUUUGUCUCACAUAUAUUUGCCCUUUUAUUCCAUAAGUGGUUAUUUGAAGUUUCUGUUGAAACUUCUGAAGUACUGCUGCGUUAUGGAUCUGCCCUUGUUCAUGGUGCUUCCAAUGUUUUCUGGAUUGACAUUCAAGCAAAUAGGAGGAGAUUUUUUUCCUUAUUCAGUUAUCUUCUUGAGGAGGUUGCACUUGUACCAGAUCGGAGCAAUAAAAUCUCUUUGCAGGCCCGUCGAGAUCUCUAUCUUCUCCUCUCCAGGUUUUUGUUCUUUUAUAAAUUAGAUGACUUGCUUGAACCUUUUUUAAAGCACUUUCCAGCUUACCCAAAUGCCUUUUUAGUUGGAGGUCCGGAAGAUAUAUUUGUAAUUGAGCUCUCAGAUCAGCUUCAGAAGUUAAAAGUGGAACCAGUGCUUUUGCAUUAUCUCUCCCGUAUGGGUGCCCUUAAAGGUCUAGAAUUGAGGAUGGCGACGAGUACAAGGCUGAAGGCAUGCCUGUACAGCUUCACUUCCCCCGGAGGGCCUAUGUAUCCAACAAGAGCUGUACGCCAUGCAGCCUGGGAUACAUUGGAUCUUCUCUUCCCGGUUGGACGGUACCCGCGGCACGUGAUAAGCGUCUUCUUUAGGUUGCUUUAUCCUUGGUAUUGGCCGUCAUCUUGUUGGAACUUUAUCGUAACUUGUGUCACAACUGUUGUGUACUACAUACUACGGGUGAUUAUUUCGAGUUGGGAGAACAUCAGAAAAUCUAAACGUUCUUAGCGGCAACGGAUGCCAUUCGCACGUGCUGCUGCCUGUGUGUGGUUUUGUAAUUUUUUUUAAUUUUUACGCUCUGUUAAAUUGUGAUCUUUGAUGAUUUUUGGAAGGGAACGCGAGAUUAUCUUUUUUUUUCUCA